AUGAAAAGCAAAAAACGGUUUUUGUUUUCGUUAAGGCUAUCCAUUACUCCUGCAUAUUUUUCUUCCUGUUGUUAUAUUUUUACCGGUGUAAUUUUUCCUUUGUCCUCCGUUUACUUGGUUAAAUUCUCUUUUUCUUAUGUCACUUUUUGUCUUCUUCUUUUAUUGCUCAAUUCCACCCAGCCCCGUUCUAACGGUCUUAUCUCUAAUUUAUCAUCUUUUUUUUCACUUUCCUCUCUAAUUUGUUUCUCUAUUCCGUCUUCUUCACCGUAUCUCUUCUUUGUUGUCAUCGUUUCUUUUCCCUCUACUCUUUGCCGUCUUCUCUUCAUUGUAUCUUUUCUUUUUCAUCUUCUCUUCGCCGUAUCUCUUCUUUGCCGUCUGCUCUUCAUUGUAUUUUUUCUUUUUCUUCUUCUCUUCGCCGUAUCUCUUCUUUGCCAUCUUCUCUUCAUUGUAUCUUUUCUUUUUCUUCUUCUCUUCACCGUAUCUCUUCUUUGCCGUCUUCUUUCAUUGUAUCUUUUCUUUUUUCUUCUUCUCUUCACCGUAUCUCUUCUUUGCCGUCUUCUCUUCAUUGUAUCUUUUCUUUUUCUUCUUCUCUUCACCGUAUCUCUUCUUUGCCGUCUUCUCUUCGUUGUAUUUUUUCUUUUUCUUCUUCUCUUCACCGUAUCUCUUCUUUGCCGUCUUCUCUUCAUUGUAUCUUUUCUUUUUCUUCUUCUCUUCGCCGUAUCUCUUCUUUGCCGUCUUCUCUUCAUUGUAUCUUUUCUUUUUCUUCUUCUCUUCACCGUAUCUCUUCUUUGCCGUCUUCUCUUCAUUGUAUCUUUUCUUUUUCUUCUUCUCUUCACCGUAUCUCUUCUUUGCCGUCUUCUCUUCAUUGUAUCUUUUCUUUUUCUUCUUCUCUUCAUCAUAUCUCUUCUUUGUCGUCUUCUCUUCAUCAGAACCCUUCUUUUCCUUCUUCUCUUCACCGUACCUCUUCUUUUUCUUCUCUUCGUCGUAUCUCUUCUUUGUCAUCUUCUCUUUAUCUUAUCUUUUCUUUUUCUUCUUCUUUUCGUUGUAUCUCUUCUUUGUCGUCUUCUCUUCAUCGGAUCCAUUCUUUUUCUUCUCUUCACCGUAUCUCUUCUUUGUCGUCUUCUCUUCAUUGUAUCUUUUCUUUUUCUUCUUCUCUUCACCGUAUCUCUUCUUUGUCGUCUUCUCUAG